AUGUUGAAUUCACAACAGAAUGAUGAAUCUCAAUCCAUUCCUCUCAAUGGAAAAUUAUUUUGGAAAGAUAUUUUCAGUCAAGAAGGAUGUGAAUAUUUAAUUCUUCUUCCCAAAACUAUGGAUCUCUCUCACAUUCCAUUUUCAACAAAGCAAUCGGUCAAGGCAAGUCAACAAGCAGCUCGUGAACCUAAUGAGAUUCGUUUUAAAAAAAUUAUUCAACGACAGUUGGAAGAAGAAGAGAGAAUUCGCAAUGCAUCUACACAAGAUCCAAUGACAGCAACUGAAAAUUAUCAAGCUCAUGUCAGAGAAGCAGAAAUUGCUAAACGUAAAAUGUUUAAACGUUUGCAUAAUUUGAAAAUGAGUGAUCACGAUUUGGAGACGGCCUGGGAACAAUGGCUCUUUUGGUAUCGAGAUAAAAAGAUUCCAACAUUGUAUAACAAGUUUAAUCAAUUAUUGAAAGAUGAAUUUCAUGGAAAUGUGAGAGCUGUUCGAAAAAUUGAAGAAGUCAUUAAGGGACACAUUUUGGAAAAUUUGCAAUUACAUCCAUCCGUGUUAAAAUUGAAAUGUUUAGUAGAAAGUGACAAUGAAAAUGACAAGUUUGAAUUGAGAUCAAUUCUUCACAAGAGAAUUUUCAAUGAGACCUUGAUACCGUCUCCAUCGUUUGAGAUUUUACCAUACUCGAGCUCUGUGUGUGAAGAGCACUACAAGGGAAAAUUCUUUUGUUUUAUUGAUUUGGCAAAGGCAAACUUUUCCACAUUGAGAACUUUAGAUCCUGAUAUUUUCGGAGCUAGCCCUGAAAGCAACAUGACUUGGAGACAGUUUCUCAAUAAGGAGACAACUUUUGAGCUCUUCCAUAAUUUUCACUACACAAUUAGACAUCCAGUUUUUGGAAAAUUGAAUCAUGGCUUUUCCACACGAAAAAUGAUUGAAAUUGCAGAACAUGAACAAUUGAACGUCUUGUAUAACAUGAUGAAAAAGCAUUUACUGAAAGAACAUGCAUAUUUAUUUGAAGAAUCUCAUUGCUUUGUACCACCCAUGCAAUGUGCAUCUGAUGCAUUCUUUUUCUGUUUCCAUACUGAACAAGAUGCCAAGAUUGCCUUCGAUGCCUUGUGUCAAUUCGAUUCUGAACUCUAUCCCAAUGUGAAAGAUUUAAUUCACUUGACUGUCUUUAAGAAUCAUUAUUAUUAUUUUUCUGAAAGCAAUUCGGAUUCGGACAUGGAACAACAACGAUGGUUUGUCGUGAAAGAAACAUUACAUUCUCAAGAAGUGUGUGAAGAAAAAUUUACUAUUUGUGCUGUCCAAUUGGAGGAUCGACCAUUUAUUGAAGAUCAUUUCGAGAGAGCUUUGGCGUUAUUUUCAAAAGAAUUGUAG